AUGCGUCUUUCUAAUCCAACUAACAUUAAAUCUACAGGAGAUUCGAAUUGUAAAAAUUUCAGUUCGAAAAAUUCCUCUAAAUAUUCUUUAAUGGACGUCCAAAAAGAAAAUGAAAAGAAAUGUUCCUUAAGUGCCUUCCAUUGCAAACAAAUUGUAUUAAUUUUUGGAAUAAUAUAUGUGGCCUUAUUG